CCAUGCUACCUAUUACAUGUAAUCACGUUGAAAUGGCAAACAAUGAUACUUAUGUAAAAAGUAAGCCCUUUCUGAAAGUCUUGAUCUGAAUAAAAGUUGCAUUGAAACUUGCAUUGAUCUUUCUAGUACAAAAGAAAAUUAUUCAUGCUGAUUCAAAGAGAUUUUGCAUAACAGAUGUGAAGAUGACGAAAAUAGCAAUCAUGCUGAUUGUGAGGCAAUGAAAGGAGAGUUCUUUCUUUCCCGGUGUCUCGAUGUUUCGUUCUUUUUCGCUACAGGACAUACCGAUAUUCAAUAAAGUUCAAUCAAUUUUCAGAAGAUUUUUCACGAAUUCUUGGACUGUAUUAUAUUUCUGUUUAUAAAUUCAAGCAGUGGAUCGCAUUACAAAAGCUGGCAUUACGUGUUUAAUCAUCGACACUCGAAUAGAGGGCUAGCGCCAUGUAUACCAAAUGUUGCACUAAACUCGAUGUUUUACUUAAAAGGCACUAAAGACAAAAUCAUAGUUCCCCGUGUCCUUGGAAAAGGAAAGCACCAAAAAGUAUAACAAGAAUGUGCUUGGCCAAUAAGACUACGAUCUUGCAAAAAUACAGCUGAAAUGCGAGGUGUGUGGUCGUUAAAUCAGACGCAAACUAAUGGCGUAUACAGCUCGUGAAAGCUUUAUCAAAGGUGAUAGUAUUAAACAAUGCAGCAAGAGUUGCCCAGUGGACUCGAAACUAGCGGAACCAAGAGCUCACAACAAAGAGAGCUGAGAAACAACAAUCUAACGAAAGAAAACAGAUAAAACCAGACGAAUUUGAGAUCACAGUGUUUUAUUCUACCAAGCGUAUGUGAUUCUUUUGAGGAUUACUGAAAAUAAAACUAUUAGAAAAAGACUUGACACAGCAGGAGCUACGGAAGAAACAAUUGUGAACUACGGUAGAUUGCAAGAAACGGAUAACACUUCUCUUCACAAAAACUGUUUGAGUCAUAGAUAGAUGGCCACUCUUGGAAACUGUUGUAUUGCGAAGACUGGCUUAGCCAUUAUAUGUUUGAAAAAUGGUUUAACAACCAAGCAGUCAAGUUAACAGCCUUGUUUUCGCUAUAGGAAUACUAACAGAAAUCCUCACAGCACAGUAUUUCCAGAGAGAUGCGAUUCACUCCGUUAUUUACGUCAUAGCAAGUCACAGAGAGCAGCAAGCAAGACAAACCAAUAAGCAUUUCCAGGACCCGCCUGCAACAAAUACUACAAGUAAAGGAGAAAAUAGCUGGUGAAGAAUCCCACCAUCAAAUCUCGAACAUAUAACAGCCAGGAAGCGUUAAACUGACAUGCAUGGAAAUUUAAAUCGCACAGAUAUUCUAUGGCAUACAAAGCCAUUCACUAGCACAGCCUUGAUUGGAUUAAACUAACUGAUCACUUGUCUUAUCUCUACACGCAAUUUAAGAGAUUGCAAAAAUCAGGGCUAAUUAAAAACUUGAAAUAAUCGAACAAACGGAAAGCAUCUGGUUUAUGUAAGAUAACCUCACGCAAAAGCUGAUAAAGCAAAGGUUGAUGAUCAGCAAGAAGAACGCUCGCAUUUCAGUUCGGUACAGGCGGGAUCAGUUCUGAAUUAGCGAGGCGAAGGCAGGAAAGUGGAUUCAGCCGAAGCUUGAUGUUUGACAUCUCUCUCUUCCAAACGCUCAGGAGUCACUGACCGAGCAUACCGUGCGCUGCUGCUUCAACUGAAAUUGUCGCUAAAAUUAUUGGCGAAUGCAUUCAGAAACACGUCAAAGCUAAAGGUCCAAGGGAAGCUAUAUAGCUGCUUGACCUUUGCGGGCAGUUUGUCUUCAUCCUUAAAGGUAUUUUGUGCUACGUUGAUGACUUCAUUGCUAGAGUAAUCUGAUGACUUACGUAAUGCCGAACCUGGUUUCAAAAGGUCUAGUCGAAAGCUUGAGCUACCAUAACAAAAUCACGUUCAAGAUGACUUAUAAAAACAUUAUAUGUGGAUGAAAUUAGUGAGUAUUGUGAAAGCGAAUUGUAACCGAAGCAAUUUUUUACUGAUGUUUUCUGCCACGUUGAAUGAAAGGUUUGCAAAAAGCCAGAAAAGACGGCUGGAUAUGAUAUUUGCCAAAAACACCCACGAAUAACAGUUGCAGAAACAGCGUUCUUUACAUACGGGUGGCAGAAAUAAACAAUGGCAAGUUGAGAAGCAAUGGAUCUGGUCUGGCAACAACCAGUAAAUGAUAACCAGGCAUGCUUAGCAAGUUUAUUUACAACAAUUAAACUUUUCAUAUGGUAGACACUAAAAUGGUGCAAACAAAGGAAUCAAAUAAUAGCCAUAUAUAAUUGAAAUUACACUUUAUAUGAUCAACUAAUUUACAAGUACAAAAAUAGAGCACCUGUUACAUAUUAACAAUAUUCUCAAGGUUCGCGGAAUCAGAGCUCGAGAACACUAGAAGGUUGCCAAUUUGAAACAAAAAGCGUUAAGAUCUGCGAAGAAAUUGUUUUGACAGGAGAGGGCACAAAGCACUGACAAAGGAAUCCUGCUUUGAGAGAAUGUAAAAACAAGAAUUGUUGCACUUGACAAGGCAUAUUAAGACGAUUAAAACAUGCUUGGUGUUGAAGGCAUCUGUUUUCAAGCAGAGCAGGCUUGGAGGGUUUACUUUUCUCAAAUAUUGGUACGAUAGUGAAUAAAAUUUCGCGUUCAAAGAGCCAUAUUUGUGACACAAAAGAAAUAUAGUUAUGAUUGAUUGUGGCAAAGAUUGCUUCUUUAUAAGCAUGGAAUGUCAGGGACUAGUUUCGUUCUUGUUGAACCUUGUUAUAUUUGCGACUUUCAUUCGGUUCAGGCGUGCCUUGUUGACUUCAGCUGACUACAAACUGUUCUGCUCAAUGACAUUUGCUGAUAUGUUAGUUGGCUUCCAUGCUGUCCUUUAUGGUGAGCUCCUGCGAACCGGUCAACAGCAGAUUAUUUACAAAACGUCCGCCAUCUUGCCAAUGUUUACAAGCAUGUUUGCAUCUAUAACCUCGCUUAUAUGCAUUACAGUCAACAGAUUGAUAGCCGUUAAAAAACCUUUGCGAUAUCGCGCAAUCGUUACGUCAGAGAAGUUACUUGCAGCGUUUGUCCUGAUCUGGACUGUUCCAGGAGUAGUAUAUGCGAUCCAACUGUCCAUAUAUUUGAAGUCAUCAAGUAAGGCGGAGCUUCAAAUUCGCUCAUACCUCACUGCAGUUUUCUUCAUCACUAGCUCCCUGUUGCUUAUCGUAUCUAACGCUCUGAUGUACUGUGCAGUGAAGCGGCAAAUAAAACUGAUAGCUGCCCAGACUUGCAUCAGUCAUCAUUUGAAAGUCGUGUCACGCGUUGCUGCUGGAAAAUCAGUAACGAGUGUCAAAGACCGGUAUGAAAGCUCUGUUGAUAACAACAAUGAAGGGUAUUUUGCAGAGGAAAAUGAUGAGAGAAAGACUACUAAAGAGGCGAGAAAUGAUUGGAACAAGCAAAACAGUGUAACAAUAUUAGGAGAGAAUAAUAGCAAGCUAGGGCUCGCAACAAUAGAUGGAAUUAGGCGUGCAAAAGCACAAAAUGGGGAGCAGAGUAUUGAGAACUCUUCGAUGAGAAAAAAAAUACUUAAAUUUUCUGAUAUAUACGAAAGUGAUAGAACAAUGGUGUCAUCAAUUGUAGACGUUGAAGAAUUUCGUAGCAACGAAGAACACGAGGACGAUCCAAAUUUAACAAAAAAUGAUCAACUUUCCUUCUCUAAAUGGACCUGUAGUGUUGAAAAGACAUUUAGUAACGAUAGCAACAGGAAUGAACAACUAGCUUGUCCAACGAAUAAAGAAAUAGUGCCUCCAAUUGAGCGUUGUAUAUUGAUGGAUAACAGUCUGGCAGCCUCACCUUCGGUGGAACAACGAGACCAAACGCAUACACGAAACGAGAACGAAGUCGGUGAGUACAAAGAUACUGAUAAGAACACAGGGAAGUCAGGCAGAUGUGCAGAAGUCAUGAGAGAGCAUGUCAAAGAAAAUCGCAGGAGACAUAAUAAAAUCGGAAUGGCUAGAAACUUAGCCAUGGCGUUCAACCGCGUGCGAAUCCGUCGACGAAACAACCCUCAAACAGGGCGGCAAACCUUGGAUAUGACACAUAUGUGCAUACUUGUAGUGCUAGCAUUUAUAUUUUGCUGGCUACCACUCACCGUAUACAGAUGCAGAUAUCUGCUGGGGAUGGAGCCAAUUGUCUGGUUACGUAGAUUUGCCUUGUUUCUGGCUACAGGUAACAGCAUAGUCAAUCCAUGCAUUUACCUUUUAAAGCAAAAACACUUGAGAAAGUACGUGAAGAGGCUGCUGUGGCAGAAAAAAAGACUGCUGGUGUCAGAUCGAACAAAUUAGGUGUGGUCGAAACAAAAUGGCACUGCUAUUUGAAAAAUUCAUGACGCACAAUUUUGUAAGCACCGUGAUCCGUCACUUGAUUGCAUACUAAUGAAUGUGAUUAAAAUUUUGUGACUGCCAGGGUUGAAAGUCAAUAAUAUGUGUACAACUCUUGCAAAAUUGAAGGUUACGUACAAUCCCUUCAGCCCAGCUUCAUUCAAUUGUCUCUCUUUUGAGAACAAAUUGAUGACUACCCUCUCUGCUCUGUCACCCUAUUAGAAUCCUCUCAAAAGAAGGCGAAUAGUAAUUGGCAGAUGUAGAUGUAGAAAUAGUUUCAUAGCUAUAUAUAAAUAAGUUACCUUUAACCUAUAGCACUUUGGCAAGGAGUCAAUAGAAAGUAAAAUGACAUCCAAGAUAAAAAUUACGAAUCCCUUUUAAAGACCACCCGAUAAAAUCAACAUCAUCAUCAAAUAAAAUAAAAAUAAGAAAGGGUACAAAAAGAUGAGGCAAUUUAGUUGCAUUUUGACUAAGAGGUUAUUUAGUUCCAUUAUGACUGGAAUUCCUUUCUGAAUUUGAUUGGAGAACUUUCUUAGUCAAAUCGUGUUUAUUUGAUGAAUAUUUCCAAAUUUCGAAAAUGUGAACAUGGCAGAGCAAAAGGAGAAUAACUUCUUGCAACCUCUCAAAACCAAUCAAACAAUUGAAGAGUCAUUAAUAAAACAUUCUGUCAAAGCUGCUUAAAGACAAAGUUGCAUCAGCUUAGGCGAUGUUGGACGAAAUAUUGGCCAAUCAGAUAUUCGCUAGAAAGGUAUACUAGCUAAGCCACAACUCGCUUUUAUAACGGCAAAUAGCGUUGAGCUAAUUAUUAGAUUGACGAGUGGUAAUUUUGUUAAGAAACUUUGAAAAAUUUGAUAGUAUCCAGUGAUCAGUCGAGAACCUGGAAACUCACAUUCUGUAUAAUUGAGGGCGGCUUAUAAGCAAAGGCGGUUUAUAAUCGAAUAAAUAUGGUUAAUCAUAAAAGUUUGGGGCACGUGCAACCUUUGUAUAAACCAAUGUUUAUGAAUAAAAGUCAACUUUCUGCAGCAUAUUCAAUGUUAAAAUCAACAUAGAAUGAUUUGUGGAAUACAUAAUGCUUGGAAAUCAUUGCUUAAAGGUCGCCAUUCGCCUCAUCGACAUAAAACAAAGCUAGAUUAAAGGUCAUUGACUAUUUAUAAACCAAUUGCUGUUUCUCAUGGGCGUUGGCUUGACAAAUUGCACUUUUUUGUUGAACAAGCUGUACUUGAAUUUACAUUUGCUAGCAAUCAGACAACUUUUAUAUGGUAGUAAAGAUUGAAGCAGUCGGCCAAUGUGCUUCUUAUCCAAUUAUCUCAAAGAUGUACCUUAGAGGUUCAGAAUCAUUGAAGCAAUCGGGAAAAACAAUAAAGUUUCGUGAUGUUUCUAAUAUUAUGGAACAUUGAUUAUUUUCUUUUUUCUAUACGGCGUGGAGAAUAAAGGUGGAUUGCCAUUUAGGGUCAAGCUCCCUAACGAGGUGGAAAUUGCACAGGCCAUUCAUCAAUUCAAAUUCCUCUGUUUCCAUUGGAAAGGCUAACUGAACAUCACCGUACGAUGUUGUAAUUACAUGGGCCGUUCCUCCUUUAUAAAUGGCUUUCUGAAUGCAACAGGACUAAAGGAAAUCACUACUUUUACUAGAAUUACUGUAAAAUCAGCUGAUCAAUAAAACAUCAUUUGCAGCAGAAAGCAUAACAAACACAAUUAAUCCGCAGCCUAAAUUCAAGGGAACGAUUUGUUCGACGUUCAACUCUAACGCCCAUUUACAGCGAAAUGUGGAGGGACAUCCGUUACUAACACUUGAAUAUUGAGCAAAUGAAACGGUUUUGAGAUCAUAAUAGGGAUAAAGUUGAAGGGUUUGUAGACAACGAGAAGCAUUUGAACGAAGUAAUAGAAAAAGGCAUUGCGCAUGGUGAUGGUGAGUUUGUUAAGUCAGAUGAUCCUUGGAUAUAAUGAAUAAUUACAAAAUGAUGUUUUGCCACCCACAUAUUAGCAAUACGUAAAUGUGGUUUCUGUUGCAGCGUGAUUUAUUGACGCCAGAACUUGAGCUUAUUUUCAUAUUGCAAGCAGGACUUCAGAUCUUCGAUGGAGCACUAGCCCGCCAAUGAGCCUGCUGCUUAGGUAGCCCCCUGUAUUAGCUAGUUUAGACUGAAAAACGAAAAGAUUUGCAUGAUCGGAAAAACUCACUCUCCUUCGGAAUUUAGUUUCACCUUGAGAAAAGGCGCCUGGGUUUCGCAGAAUCCCCGCCCUUUCCAAUAUUCCCGCCUCUCUAAUAAUCCCGCGUCCUGCCUUUGUGAUAAUCCCGUUUACGGGUUUAUUGAGAGAAGAGGAAGAUGUUGAUAUCGAUUUUGAUGAUUCUUAUAAAAAGUAGAACAAGAAACUAGAACGCGAUAAUACGUGUAAAUGUUCUGUCGAUCGGUAUCUUUUUGGAAAUUGAAAUCUUUGUAAUCCUGGAAAGUAGACUACUUCUUUUGUUUAUUCUUGUGUUGAAAAUUUAAGUCCGCUUUCUUACAAUAAAAUCUAUAUUAAGUCGCUUCACUUUUAAGAACCCUCCCUAAAAAGACGCCCUAUUUGGAAGUAGGAAAAGUCGGAGGUGGGCGGACUGUGGGGGCAGCAGCAAACCCUGCUGUUUUAAAUUUUUUAAUACCCUGAAAAAAUGAACCAUGGCCAGGGCCGGCGUAACGCAUUUGAAAGUGGAGGGGCCAAAUAUGAACGUCUUGAAAGGGCUUAGGUUAGGCCGCCACCAUAGUUGGCGGCAAGAAAAUUUUUAGAAUUAUUGUAUUUUAGGGAUGGCCAGAAACUUGAUCUAAAAUGGAUUUUGACUGAAGCAAAAUCCGAGGCAAUAUAUUUGUGUAAUCAAUAUGUACAAGUUCAACAAAAACAGAAGAACUAUUAACUAAAAUAAAAGCAAAUUAAGCAAUUUGUACACUUGGGAAAUUGUUUUGUAACAUCUGAUUUUAAAUAUUUCGGGAAAAGGUGCUUUUAACAAAAAAUCUGGAUUUUAAAACUUUCAAACUGCACUGGUCAAAAAAAGGUUUAUAUAGAUUUUUUAAUUGUGUCGAGAUUUUCUUUCCUAAUAGGAAUGGAUUAUCGAUACAAUCAAAUUUUGAAGUUUUCUUGAUGUUACUUUUUAAGAACAAAUCUGCCCAUUCUUUUUUUCUCACGUCCUCAAAAAUUUUCUUCUCAUCAGUUUCUUUCCCUUCAACAUCGCUAGCGAUUUCUCUCUUUUUGUAAUGUUCCUAAGAAAUUUGCUGUUAACAAAUAGACCUUGUGAGCCAAGUUUAGGCAAUAGAAAAAACGGAACACCAUCAAUUUGUGCUGGCACCAA